UGAGCCGGGGAACUGGGGCUCCCCGACAAUGACAGAGAUCUUCGUUCAGCCAAGCCCAGCUCCUACAUUCCAGACGGAUGUGACCCAACCCAAAGCUGAGCCAGCCGGCCACCUGCAAGGCCCCCCCGGAGGAGGGGAGACAGUUCACUGGGACCCCCACCCCCCAGAGGAGCAUCAGCAGUCAGAACACGUCCCGACAGGAGAAGGCGACAACCUGGAGCCAGAAAGCCUGACCCAACAGAACCGGGAAUCCCUCCCCACCCAGCAGGAAGAAGCGGAGAUCGGUCCGACGAUGGAGCCCAUCUUCCUGGGGGACCCCAACACCCCUCAUUCCAUCAGCUUCUCUGGCAGUGGCUUCAUCUCCUUCUACCAGGCUGGGGUCGUGGACGCCCUCCGUGACCUGGCCCCCCAGAUGCUGAAUUCGGCCUCCAGAGUGUGCGGGGCGUCAGCCGGCUCCGUGGUGGCAGCCCUGACCGUGUGCGGGAUCAGCAUGGAUGAAUACCUCAAGGUUUUAAACACCGCUGUAGCUGAGGUGAAGAAAUAUUUCCUGGGGCCAUUUGCUCCCUCCUGCAAGAUGGUAAAGAUGAUGAGGCAGUUUCUCUACACAACCUUGCCUGAGGACUCCUACAAGCUAGCUUCUGGAAAGCUCCACGUGGCUGUCACCCGAGUGACAGAUGGCGAGAACGUCGUAAUUUCUGAAUUCACAUCCAAGGAAGAGCUGGUGGAGGUGCUGUAUUGCAGCUGUUUUGUCCCAGUCUACUGCGGGCUCAUCCCUCCGACCUACCGAGGCGUGAGGUACAUCGAUGGUGGCUUCACUAGCAUGCAGCCCUGCGCUGACUGGACAGACGUCAUCACCAUCUCUGCCUUCACCGGGCAGUAUGAUAUCUGCCCCCGGGACUGCCCCGCUGUCUUCCACGAUUUCCGGAUAUGUAACUGCGCUUAUCAAUUCUCAUUGGAGAACCUGGCCAGAAUGUCCCAUGCUCUCUUUCCUCCUGACGUGACGGCUCUACAUGAAUAUUAUUACCGAGGGUACCAAGAUACAGUCCAUUACCUGAAGCGGCUGAAUGCCGCCAGUCUCCAGUCUCCCUCCAGGAAGCUGGCUUUUCCGCUGGUGGAAGUGUUCUCCCCAGGGAAUCCGUUGCUCUCCAAGGAAUGGGCUGUGGGUAGCAAAACAGGCCCAGAUAGGAUUCCCAGCCGUGCAUCGGACUCCUGUGAACACACCUGGGAGGAGGCAGUGGAAGGGACAAGGAAGGAUGGUAGCCUGCCGCCUGGGUCCCCAUCCAGACUGUCUGCUCCAUCACCUCCUGGGUCCCCACCCAGCUGGUCUGCUCCAUCACCAUCUGGGUCCCCAUCCAGGCACUUUUCUCCAUCACCACCUGGGUCCCCACCCAGUCUGUCCACUCCAUCACCCCCUGGGUCUCCACCCAGUCUGUCCACUCCAUCACCCCCUGGGUCCCCACACAGGCAGCAGGCUCCAUCAUCCCCUGGGUCCCCACCCAGCCAGUUCUCUCCAUCACCACCUGGGUGUCCACCCAGGCAGUGGGCUCCCUCACCCCCUGGUUCCCCAUCGAGGGAGUCCUCUCCAUCACCGCCUGGAUCCCCUCCCACCCAAUCCCCUAUGUCAACCACACAGCCCCCUGGAUCACCACCUCUCCGGUCCCCUUCACCCCCUACCCAGAAGCCUAUGCAGUCCCCAACAUCUCCUGCACAGCUGCCUAUAUCCGUGCCUCGGUGGCUCCCAGUGUCACAGGCCCAGCCUCCCAGCUCUCCACCUCUCCAGUCACCUACAACCUCCAGCCAGCUGCCUGGCUCACCACCGCUUGGUUUUCCUGGAUCGACACCCACGCAUUCCCCAGGCUCACCUCCAAUCUUGUCAGCAGUUGGAUCGUCUGCUCCACAGUCUCCCCUGGAGCCUCCGGUCACGUGCUCUCCCCAAGCGUCCGCUGCCCCACAGCCCGGGAGGAUCUCCAUGCUCCUAGUCAGUCUGAAGGAGGCCGUCUCCAAGCCCUUUGUCACCUUUCUGGAAUCCGGACAUUUCUCUGAAGAUCCAAACUGGGUUUUAAAGUUCUUCCAAAAGCCCAGCCAAAAUCCCAGUGACAGUGGGAGCGGUUUGCCAAAACAUCAGCAAUCCAUGGGAACAAACAAAGACAACAGUAACAGCCAAGGCCAAAAUGAAUCCUGAAAGAGAAAACAAAGCAUCCUUUCCUGGCUCCUAACCUCGGCAUGGCUUUGGGUCCUGGGGCCGGCAGCUCCUCCCGCAGUUUGGAUCCUCACUCUGUGGACUCCCAACUUUUGUGACACUUUUGUUCCCCUGAGGCCUCAAGAAAGCCUCUGGGGCAGAUGGGGCUGGGGCUCAGAUGCAGGAUGGUUAAUUGUUCGCCAGGCAAACCAGGGAUCUUGAAUGACACCUGUUCCUUGGCUUUGCAACCAGGAGAUUGGCUUUUUUUAACUUCCUAAGGAAAUCUUUAUGGAGGGACUAGAAAGGCCGGCCAGCAUGGCUGUUCCUUGGGAUCGGCGCUGGCAGGAUUGGUGGGGAAAGGGAAAGGGGGGCACGAGCAGGAGGAGUUCUCUGACCCCUUCAGGAAGGCGUUACCAGACAGUUCUGCCACUGCACCAGGCUUGGCCACUCCCAGACAUUCCCAACACUCAGGGACCCUUCAGGACUGAGUAAGCCCAAUUCUUGCACUGCCCUGUUCCCCUUCAAGGUGAAACUCCCUUAUUUUCUGCACUAUUGAAGUGGAGGAGGAAGGGUCUGGGAAGAGGAAGGACCAAACCAAUAAGCCACCUUGUCCCUAGCAGACUCCCACUCCCACAUAUGCCAGCUUGUAGCACAGUAGCUGGGAUGGGCGAAGGGAAAAGUUCCUAGACACCCAGCAUAACUCUGCUCUGGCCAGAGAGACUGGAGCAGACAUUACCUCUUCGACCAAGCCCUACAGGUUCAACCACCCCUUCCCUUAUCUCCCACUUCCACUCCCUUCCUGACUGCCCCCAAUGCUACACUGGCAGGGCA